AUGGGUCAAAGUUCUGUUGCUGAUUAUGGUGUUUUUCUCGCCAUGUUGAAUUUGUGCAAGGGUACGAGGUCGCUUGAGUAUGGGAAAAUGGUUCAUGAGUUCUUGAGAAGAUCGAGGUUUCGAGGGGAGGUUGAAUUGAACAAUAGGUUGAUUGGAAUGUAUGAAAAAUGUGGUAACAUGAAUAUUGCACUCAAGGUGUUUGAUCGAAUGCCAGAGAGAAACAUGAGUUCUUGGCACUUGAUGAUCAUUGGAUACACUGAAAAUAGAGCUGGUGAUGAUGCUUUGUUGGUUUUUCAGGAGAUGAAGGAGGCAGGGAUACGGCCUGAGAGUGAAAUUUUUGCAUUGGUUUUGGCUGCGUGUGUAAGGGAAGAAGCUGUAGAGGAAGAUUAUUACACUUUGAAUCAAUGA